UAAGCAGAGGGCCGGUGAGUGGAUAGCCGACAUUUAGUCGGGAAUGUUCCGGAAGGUUCUCUCCGCCGGCUUCCUGGUGCGGGCCCUUCACGCGGCGCUGACAUGGGCGGUGACGUUGGUUCUCUUCCUGUACAACACGGAUCUGAGGCAGAGCGAAGAGCGUGGCGAGUUCCUACAACCAGUCACAUUUCUCCUGCUGGUUCUCUGCUCAAUGUUAUUGUACUUCAGCACUUCCCUCAUGGACCCAGGAUACGUCACAUUUGAUGAUGAACUAAAGGUACCUCGAUCAAAUCAGUGUGUUUGGAAUGAGAAGGAGAAGGAGCUAGAGCUGAUGGUGCCUGUGAUACAGAAAGCCCAGAGACUGAGGCGCUGCGGAUACUGUAUGGUCCAGCAGCAGCCCAUGAGGUCUAAACAUUGCCAGUCCUGUCAACACUGCGUGCGGCGAUAUGACCAUCACUGUCCAUGGAUUGAGAAUUGUGUGGGGGAGAGAAAUCAUCGCUUCUUUAUGCUCUAUCUGAUAAUGCAACUGACUGCCCUGAUGUGGGCUUUCCACAUUGCAUGGUCUGGAUUUUGUACUGAACCCAAAUGGAAAGACUGGCUCCGUGUCAACAUGUUCCUGCUGCUGGCAUUCAUCAUUAUCAUCAUUUUCACCGUGGUGGUUAUGCUGUUGUUGGUAUCACACUUGUAUCUAGUGUCCAACAACACCACAACUUGGGAAUUCAUGUCCCGCCAUCGUAUCUCUUACCUGAAACACUGCAGCUCAGAGGAAAACCCUUUUGACGAGGGCAUUCUUAGGAAUUUGUGGAUGUUUUUUUGCGUGUGUAAGACAGUUACAUGGGAAAAGGUUUAUUUUCGAGAGGACAAUGAGCAGGUUUAGAGAGUGGGUUUUCGUAAAUGUGUGAUCUCUACUCUAUUCAUUUUGGUUUUCUGCCUCACUGAGAUUGAGUCUGAAGAAAAUGUGAACAUUAUUUAUCAAAAACAAAGUGCUUUGUGUGAGAGAUUUUCUCCUUAACUGCCAGAGGCAAAUGGGAGAUAGAGGGCAAAAGGGAGGCAAGAUAAGUUGGUACAGCCAUUAUGGAAGUGGUAUGCAAGUUCUUUCCUCUUUCUACUCCAUCCCAAAUCCGAGUUUUAAUUGUGGCUCUAAUCAAUUGGGGGUGAGGUAAUGGGGUGAUGGUGGUGGGUUUGAAGGAACUGAAGUAGUUUUCCAUGGUCAAAAGUCACUCAUUACCAUUCUGAAUAGAUAUUGAGAAGGAUUAAGAGAAGAAAAAUUUAAAUUAGAAUUCUGAUUCUGUGUUCUGGAUACUUAUCACUGUUUAAGAUCAAUUAUUAAUGUUAAAGUAUACUGAUCCUUAUUUUAACAAAACAUUAAUACAAUAAUAUUUUUGAUACUUCAAUAUGGAUAUAUUGAAACAAUAACUUAUCACCAGUUUUCUAAUGGAUAAUUUUGCAGUCCAUAUCUAAAAUUUAGAUUGUAUCUGCAUUGAAUCAUUUUUAUUCCAGCAAGGAUUACUGUAUUAAUAUAUAAAUAUUUACAAUGUUAAGAACAUUCAAUUUUAGCAAAAAAACCUUUUCAUAAAAUAUUCCAAUGAUGCUUAUUACCCAAUCUUAAGUUUACAAAAUUCCUGUAAAUAUAUUUACCUAGGUGUACCAAAUUCUUCUGGACAGCAUCAGUAUUCAAAUUCUGCACAUUAUCAGAAAUCAGAACUUUCAUCAGCAACGGUUUCAUUUGGUAGAGGUAGCGGAUAUCAAGCCCGCCCCCCCCCCAAGUCAAUGAUCGUUAAGAUUGUGAAAUAUUCCUUCAUUGUGGUUCAGUACAAGUCCUGAAACAAACUACCUCACAGUACUAUGGGAGUAUUUUCAUUUUGAGAGAUUACAGAAGUUCAGAGCUGCCAAGAAAGGUCAAUAAAUGCAGACCUUGCUGGCAAUGCCCACAUCCUGAAUAAUGGACGUAUGAAGUCUUACACUUCAGUGCAAUACUUAUAGUUAUAUACUGCAUGAUGAAAUGCAAAAUUAAUGUUCCAUCCCCAAGAGGAUGCAAGAAACAACGGCAAUAAAUCGAAAGAGCAUGGGGAAGUGGGGGGGGGGGGGCGGUGAUCAGAAAGCCAGCACAUCACAUCUGAACCAAUUAUGAACAAAAUAUAAGCCCAGUAUUGUUGCAUGGCCAUUUGUGGAAUCAAUCAUCUUGUUUCUUACAAUGCAACAGUGACCAUACUUCUAAUGUACUUCUUUGCGGUAUAGCUUGUCAUGAAUAGAGAAAUAGAGAAAUGUAAAUGAAAGUUUUUCUUAAAAUAAUUUCAACCAUCAUAAAUGGAAAGUGGGGAGAAAAAGGAAUUAUUUAUUUAUGAAGAUUGUGUUCUCGUCUGUAGCUAGUCCAAACACUAAUUCCUAUUGAGAAUGCUGGUCAUCCAAGAAAUUCUGCACACGUACCAAACCAAUCAUGCAGUUACUGCUGCCAUGGAGUGCAAAGUACAAGUAACUGAAUGAUCUUGGCUGUGAUUGCAAUCCAAAACCUUCUAGCUCUGAGCACUAUUCAACCUAACCAAUUUAUCCCAAUCCUACAGCAUUUGUUCCACUCCUGGUAACAUUGGUUACAUCUGCCCCAACAGAAUAAACUUCUACAACAAGAUUAUAUGUGUCAAGUUCCUGCACAGCCGAGUCCCAAACUACUUGUGAUGUCUUUAGACCUACAAUAUGCACUGCAAAAUUUCAAGCACAAUUGAUCAGAUUUAUCAUCUGAUAUCAGAUACCAGGGUGAUGGUGACUGCUUUUCUCCAGAAGUAAUGAAUAUAAACAUUUUAGUGCAAAUACGAAUUUUAUGUACAAGAAAGCAAGCCUCCUGUGAAAUUGUACGGAUGGAAGACCAGGGUUCACAGAGGAAACUGAAAUGCAACUGGGGACAAAUUGCCACUGAGAAGCAGCAUUACUUAUUGCCUCCACAGACAGAAAUGCAAGUAAUGCACAGAAUUUUGGUGCUGAUUUAAUCUCGUGUUCCGUAUAACUGUUUUAUUUCUUCUGUUGAUUUAACAAUAUAAUCUCCAAAUAUACUUUAAUUCUGCUACAAGAGCAGGGGAAUUGUAUUUCAAUGCCUGUAAUUAAAUUGCAUCCAUCAAGAUUGAGGCAUGUUUGAUAUACUGAAAAAUGGAGCAUAUAACUGGUAAAACAGGUUAUAGUAAUCUGGCAGAGAGCAGGAAUUUAAUCUACAUUGAAUUUAGACAGCUGGACUGUACUGGGAAUUUAUAAGUCUUUACCAUUAAAUAAUAGUAUGUUACUGUACAUUUUCCACAACUUGAUACUUUAAUAAUUUUCUUAAAAGGUUUCUGAACAGACCAAUUUCAUUAAAAUAUUCAGCUUAAUUUUGGAUUAGAAUCUGUUCUGUGCCUCAAAUCAUCAACACUUGGAAAAAU